AUGGUGGUCCAAGCCCGUUUUGCCUCGGGCACCUCGUUGCCAGACUUGAAACCAAAAUCUACUUCCACUUCCAUAUCCAUACCCAUGCAAAAUGUCAUGAACAGGCCCGUUACCGAACAGGACUCCCUUUACCACAUAUGCGCCAACAUCCAGAGAAGGCUCGAGGCUCUGCCUCAGCUGAAGCCGUUUUUACAAUUGGCCUACCAGUCAAGCGAAGUCCUGAGCGAAAGACAGUCUCUUCUGUUGUCUCAGAAGCAGAAUCAAGAGCUUCUCAAGUCCAACGAUACGAAUAGAGACAGUAGCGACAUGGCACCCACGUUGCGGUCGAGCUCCAUCUCCACAGCCACAAGUCUAAUGUCGAUGGAGGGCAUAUCGUACACGAAUUCCAACCCGUCUACAAACUCUAACAUGGAGGACACACUGCUGACUUUCAGUAUGGGCAUCCUGCCCAUUACCAGGGACUGUGACCCUGUGACGCAGCUGUCCCAAUUGUUCCAACAGGGCGCUCCUCUGUGUAUAGUGUUCAACUCGGUGAAACCGCAGUUCAAGCUGCCCGUCAUAGCCUCUGAUGAUGUGAAAGUAUGUAAAAAAUCCAUCUACGAUUUCAUUUUGGGCUGCAAGAAACAUUUUGCAUUUAACGAUGAAGAGCUCUUUACUAUCUCUGAUGUGUUUGCCAAUUCGACCUCCCAAUUGGUCAAAGUGGUGGAGGUAGUGGAAACGCUACUGAAUUCCAGUCCAAAUAUCUUUCCCUCCAGAGACAAAACACAGCAAACCUUGACUGCAGAAAAUCAACAGCAUCUUCAACAGCAGAUUCCUUCAAAAAAACAUAUUGAGUACGUUAAGAUUAUCAAAGAAUUCGUCGCAACAGAAAGAAAGUACGUUCAUGAUUUAGAGAUUUUGGACAAGUAUAGACAACAGCUAUUGGACAGUGACCUGAUCACGUCUGAAGAGCUUUAUAUGUUGUUCCCCAACUUGAGUGACGCGAUAGAUUUUCAAAGAAGAUUUUUAGUAUCCCUGGAGAUCAAUGCUCUAGUAGAACCUUCUAAGCAGAGAACCGGUGCUCUUUUCAUGCAUUCCAAACAUUUUUUCAAGCUUUAUGAGCCUUGGUCCAUUGGUCAAAAUGCGGCCAUCGAGUUUCUUACUUCCACUUUAAACAAAAUGAGAUCUGAUGAAUCGCAGAAGUUCAUAAUCAACAAUAAACUAGAAUUGCAGUCUUUCCUCUACAAACCGGUGCAACGGCUCUGCAGGUAUCCUCUAUUGAUUAAGGAAUUGGUGGCUUACUCUAGUGAUGACAACAAUACAAGAGAACUGGAAGCUGCCUUGGAUAUCUCCAAGAAUAUCGCAAGGAGUAUCAACGAGAACCAAAGAAGAACUGAAAAUCACCAAGUGGUAAAAAAACUUUAUGGUAGAGUGGUAAAUUGGAAGGGCUAUAGAAUCUCUAAGUUUGGUGAAUUAUUGUACUUCGAUAAAGUGUUCAUUUCCACAACAAACAAUUCUACGGAACCUGAAAGAGAAUUCGAAGUUUAUCUUUUUGAAAAAAUUAUCAUAUUGUUUUCAGAAGUAAUAGCUAAGAAAUCCACAUCAUCACUAAUGCUCAAGAAAAAAUCUUCCGCCUCAGCAUCAAUGUCCAACUCGGGAGCAAUGGACAACAAUAACAGUCCUCACCAUAAUUAUCAUAAGAGACACAGCAAUAGUAGUAGUAGUAAUAAUAUCCAUUUAUCGUCUUCGUCAGCAGCGGCAAUAAUAAAUUCCAAUAUCAACGGCGGUGAUAACAAUUCCAACAAUUCAUCGUCAUCUUCAUUAUUCAAUAUAUACACCAAUGAACCUAAACUGGAUCUGAGAGGUAGAAUUAUGAUAAUGAAUCUAAACCAAAUUAUACCACAAAACAACAGAUCAUUAAACAUUACGUGGGAAUCCAUAAAAGAGCAAGGAAAUUUCCUUUUAAAGUUCAAAAAUGAAGAAACGAGAGAUAAUUGGUCAUCUUGCCUACAACAAUUGAUCCACGAUUUGAAAAAUGAGCAGUUCAAGGCAAGACACCACUCUACGACAUCCACAUCAUCUACAGCUAAAUCAUCUUUGCUUAUGUCACCCACAGGGACCAUGACUACGCCAAAUCACCAUAAUAGUCGUCAUACCCAUGAUAGCAUGGCGUCUUACUCUAGUUCCCAUAUGAAGAGGGUCUCUGAUGUUUUACCUAAACGUAGAACUACUUCAUCAAGUUUCGAAAGCGAAAUCAAAUCCAUUUCAGAAAAUUUCAAAAAUUCCAUCCCAGAAUCUUCUAUACUUCUAAGGAUAUCAUAUAACAGUACUACCAACGUUAACAACACCGAAAUCUUUACGCUUUUAGUAGAAAAGGUAUGGAGUUUCGAUGAUUUGAUAGCCGCUAUUAACUCUAAAAUAUCGAAUACCCAUAAUAGUUCUGCUUUGCCCAUCAAUAAGGUUAAGUACCAAGACGAAGAUGGAGACUUUGUUAUACUUGGCAGUGAGGAGGACUGGAAUGUUGCUAAGGAAAUGUUGGCAGAAAACAACGAGAAAUUUUUAAACAUUCGUUUGAGUUGA